AUGGAGGCAGCUCCUACCACCAGCUUCCGCCGCAUCUCGCCUCACAUCGUCGAAGUGAACCCGCGUCGCAUCAGCCAAUACCACACAACUUGGGAGAUGGUCCUCGCGAUGUAUGGCGCGAUAGUCGCGCAUCAGGGCUACUACGUCGCGGGUAUCUUGCACAGGAACGUGUGUGAGGCAAACAUCUGGAUCUUCGAGAGGCAGACGGACGAAGGAAAGCAGCAUGUCGCUGGGAUGCUGCUCGAUGUCGAUCGCUGCGACAGCUACAGGCGAUUCAGGCGGGCUGAGCGGCGACCUCAGAGCAGCAACGAGGAGGAGGAGGUCGACUAG